AUGAAACAGUUCAAAGAAGCUCACACCCAACUCAUCAUCAAUGGCUUAACGCACCCACCGCCCUCUCUCCGGCCCAUCAUCUCCUUCUCAGCUCUCGACCCCUCCGGCGACAUCGACUACGCCCUCCUCCUCCUUCUACGAACCUCCACACCUCCCACCGUUUUCCUCUUCAACACUACAAUUCGUGGCUUCUCACGCGCCCGCAGGCCUGGAUCUUUGUUGAGCUCGGUGCUCUUGUUUGUUCGGAUGGGUGUGCUCAGUCUUGCUCCUAAUAACUUCACUUUUACCUUUUUGUUCCAGGGUUGCUCGAAUUGUGUAGCUUUUGACUUGGGUCGGCAGUUUCAUGGUAUGGUGAUUAAGAACUCCUUUGAAAUGGAUGUGUUUGUUCGCAAUUCGAUUAUUCGGUUUUACUCAGUCUGUGGGAGGCUGAAUGAUGCGAGGUGGGUGUUUGAUGAAAGUUCUGAACUAGAUGUUGUUUCGUGGAAUUCGAUGAUAGAUGGGUGUAUUAGAAAUGGGAAUAUUUUGGAGGCUCUUAGCUUGUUUAGCAAAAUGACUGAGAGAAAUGAUAUUUCUUGGAAUAGUCUGCUUGGUGGGUUGGUGAAGUUUAGUUGUAUGGAUGAUGCGUAUCGGUUUUUUGUGGAAAUGCCGCGGAGGAAUAUGGUAUCUUGGGUAGUGAUGAUUUCUGGGUAUGCUCAAAAUGGGCAGCCAAAGGAAGCUUUGGCAUUGUUUAGGGAGAUGCAAAUGUUGGAUCAGGAGCCAAACUCUGCGAUUCUGGUGAGUGUUCUUUCUGCAUGCUCUCAGUUAGGGGCUUUGGAUCAUGGGUGUUGGGUUCACUGUUACAUUGGAAAGAAAUGUGUAAGGGUUGAUUCUAUACUUUCUGCUGCCUUGAUUGACAUGUAUGCAAAAUGUGGCAGUAUUGAUCUGGCAAUGCAGGCCUUUAGUACAUCUAGGAAAAGGGAUGUUUCUGCUUAUACAGCAGCAAUUUCUGGUUUGGCAAUGAAUGGAUGCAGUGAGGAAGCGCUUCAGCUUUUUGAGCAAAUGAAAGGUGAGGGCAUCUCACCGGAUGGUGUCUCUUACAUUGCAGUUUUGUGUGCUUGUAGUCAUGCUGGCUGGGUUGAGAAGGGUUUUCACUACUUUGCUUCAAUGUCAGAUGUUCAUGGAAUUAGACCAGAGUUAGAUCACUAUGCUUGCAUGGUGGAUCUUCUUGGCCGGGCAGGUUUGUUGGAGGAGGCAGAAAAGUUUGUUGCUUCAAUGCCAAUUAAACCAGAUAAUGUCAUUUGGGGAGCCCUCCUUGGUGCAUGCAGGGUUUAUGGCAAUGCUGAAAUGGGUCAAAGGGUUGGAAGUCUACUGGUGGAAUCUGAUCAAAACCAUGAUGGCCGCUAUAUUCUACUUUCAAAUAUCUAUGCGGAGUCCAUGAAAGGUGAAGAUGCUGAACAGGUCAGGAAAACUAUGAGAAGAAGAAAAGUAGAUCGGGUUCCAGGGUGUAGCUUGAUUGAAGUAGCUGGUUUUGUUCAUGAAUUUUUUUCAGGGGACAGAUCCCAUGAGAAAACAGAAGAGAUCUACUUGAUGUGGGAAGAAAUUGUCAAAGAGAUUAAAAAAUUUGGAUAUAGGGAAGAGACAAGAGCAGUUGUGUUUGAUGUGGAAGAGGAAGAGAAGGAGGCUGUAAUUGGACACCAUAGUGAAAAACUGGCUGUAGCAUUUGGAUUUCUUUACACAAAGUCUGGAUCAACUUUGCGGAUUGUAAAGAAUAUUCGGAUAUGUAGUGACUGCCACUAUGCUAUUAAGCUUGUUUCAAAGGUUUUUAAAAGGAAGAUUGCCAUCAGAGAUCGGAAAUGUUUUCAUCACUUUGAAGAAGGCUUGUGUUCUUGCAAGGACUACUGGUAA